UCUUACAUUCUCGGAAUAACUCGCGUUUAUCAAAUACUAAGGUUGACGUAGUUAAGGUAGGGGAAGCUUUCUGCAUGUAUUGGUGCAUUGGUCGGCCUCAACACUAGCGGGUCUCCGACCAUUUUUUCCGUCCACGAGCCGGAAUCUGUUCUUAAAUUUCUAUUCUAUCAUACCUACAUUUUUGCAUUUCUACUGCAAUUACAACAUCUCUCACGAUGGCAUCCCUUCGUAUUGGUCAAACCGCUCUUAGAGCAUCUAUGAGAGCUCCAACAUUCGGUGCUAAAUCCGCCGCCUUCAAUGGCUUGCGAUGCUAUUCAUCGAAGACUCAGACUUUGAAGGAGCGUUUCGCCGAGCAGCUUCCAGAGAAGAUUGAGCAAAUCAAGGCUCUCCGCAAGGGUUACGGAAGCAAGGUCAUCGGCGAGGUUACUUUGGACCAAGUCUACGGUGGUGCUCGUGGUAUCAAGUCAUUAGUUUGGGAAGGUUCAGUUCUCGACUCUGAGGAGGGUAUCCGUUUCAGAGGAAAGACUAUCCCAGAGUGCCAGGAACUCCUCCCAAAGGCACCAGGUGGACAAGAGCCUUUACCAGAAGGUCUUUUCUGGCUCCUUUUGACCGGUGAAGUUCCAAGCGAGCAACAAGUUCGCGAUCUCUCUGCCGAGUGGGCCGCUCGUUCCGAUGUACCAAAGUUCGUCGAAGAGCUCAUCGACCGAUGCCCAAGCGAUCUCCACCCAAUGGCACAAUUCUCCCUCGCUGUCACUGCUCUCGAGCACGAGUCCGCAUUCGCCAAGGCUUAUGCUAAGGGAAUGAAGAAGACCGAGUACUGGGGUCACACUUUCGAGGAUUCCAUGGAUUUGAUUGCCAAGCUCCCAACCAUCGCCGCUAGAAUCUACCAAAACGUCUUCAAGGGCGGUAAGGUCGCUGCUGUCCAAAAGGACAAGGAUUACUCCUUCAACUUUGCCAAUCAACUCGGAUUUGGCGAGAACAAGGACUUCGUUGAAUUGAUGAGAUUGUACCUCACCAUCCACACCGAUCACGAGGGUGGUAACGUUUCUGCCCACACCACUCACUUGGUUGGAUCUGCUCUCAGUUCCCCAAUGUUGUCCCUUGCUGCCGGUUUGAACGGUCUCGCUGGUCCUCUUCACGGUCUCGCCAACCAAGAAGUCUUGAACUGGCUCACAAAGAUGAAGGCUGCUAUUGGUGACGAUCUCAGUGAUGAGGCCAUUAAGAACUACUUGUGGUCUACUCUUAACGCCGGUCAAGUCGUUCCAGGUUACGGUCACGCCGUUCUCCGCAAGACUGAUCCCCGUUACAUGGCUCAGAGAGAAUUUGCGGAGAAGCAUUUGCCAUCGGAUCCUAUGUACAAGCUUGUUAGCCAAGUUUAUAAGAUUGCUCCAGGUGUUCUCACCGAGCAUGGCAAGACCAAAAAUCCGUUCCCAAAUGUUGACGCCCACUCUGGUGUCUUGCUCCAAUACUAUGGUUUGACUGAGGCCAACUACUACACCGUUCUCUUCGGUGUUUCCCGUGCCAUUGGUGUCCUCCCACAAUUGAUCAUCGACAGAGCCGUCGGUGCCCCAAUUGAGCGCCCCAAGUCCUUUUCCACCGAGAAGUGGGCCGAGAUUGUUGGAGCCAAGUUGUAAAAAGGAUUUCAAAAGUGUAGUGUGGAGGUAAACUUAGUGGUAUACACAUGGACGCCCUGAAUUAAUGACCAAAGGUGUAGACUGGAUAGAGCCAACCAUUAUAAAAUUGUAGAAUCAUUUUUUCAAGAAGUUGCAGUAAAGGAAACCUAGAGCAGGAAUACGUACUCAUACUUCUCCUCAUGAUGAUUCAGUGUAUAAUAUAAUGAUUUGCUUUUGCUAGAAGAACAAAGACGAAGGGAACUCCACUAUCAAUCUGGUAUAUCAUGCAUCCUUUUGCUUACUGACAUGUGUCUCAUGCCAUUAAACAUAUACACGGAUCAAUUGCACCAUUCCUUUCUUUUCAAUGAUUCAGAUUUACUGGGACAUUCAAUCUCUUGCAAGUAUCCAACUCUCUCAACUACAACCCUUAAUCUUGACAUAGGAAAGCGGCCCAAAGCGAUCAAAUGCCCAACCCAUCUCAAUCCCAUCCAGAUACAAAUAUCAACAUCAUCCCAACUAUGUUAUUCAAACCUGACUAGACAUCUCUCGUACACAUCUUGUUCGCGUUAUUUCACUGUCGAGGUAUUACUAAUUCUUUAUCAGAUUGUUCAGUUUUAUUGAGGGUUGUCGGUACGACGCUCUCUAGAUGGAUUUUGAUGUACGUGA